CUACAUCAAAGGUACCGCCUCGAAAUGAAACUUCUCUAUGUUCAUUAUUCCGUGGUAUAAUUAUUCUGCAUAUCUAUACACGUAGCCGCCGAGCAAUAGAAGUGGUGGUAAACUCGGUACUGGUGACUUUCCCCUCAAAGUGUUCAGAGUCUGUUGGAAUCAAUUUGACUACGUAUGUAUCGAUGUUGCAACUGCGGUGUACGUUCGGACCGUGUAAACGUAUUCAAUGAGGAAACAAAUCGAGGUCAGGAGUGCAGCAUUCAAUGAAAGGCCCCCUUACCGUGGUUUCCACUGCAAAACAAGGGCAAAUUAAAACGAACAUUUGUUUAUUCUGAUAUUUCUACAAGUUCCCUUCUUCUUCUCUCUUUCGCUCUCUCCAACUUGCCCGUCCUCUCGUUUUAUGAUCUUUUUCUAUCUUACGUUUAACACUACUUAUUUAUCUCUCUUCUACCCAUCCCCUUUCAUAUUCCUAUCCCUGUUUCACGGCACUCAACUUCUCUGUCUCUCUUAAUCUUUCGUACUCCGCAAAUCGAACUAGCCUCCCUUCCUGCGAAUUUACGUGGAUAUUUCUACUUGUGAACGGUUCCCAAACCUUCAGGAUGCAGGCCAUUAAGUGCGUUGUCGUAGGAGACGGAGCUGUAGGUAAAACAUGCCUCCUCAUAAGCUACACUACUAAUGCCUUUCCUGGAGAAUAUAUUCCGACUGUGUUUGACAAUUAUUCCGCAAACGUUAUGGUCGAUGGGAAACCGAUCAAUCUUGGUUUAUGGGACACAGCGGGCCAAGAAGAUUACGAUAGAUUAAGACCGUUGUCUUACCCCCAGACAGACGUCUUUUUGAUUUGUUUUUCUCUGGUUAACCCAGCCAGUUUUGAAAACGUUCGUGCUAAGUGGUAUCCGGAGGUUCGCCACCACUGUCCGCCUACUCCGAUUAUUUUAGUAGGGACUAAACUGGAUUUACGCGAGGACAAAGAAACAAUCGAGCGAUUAAAGGAUAAGAAGCUAGCACCGAUUACGUACCCCCAGGGUUUGACAAUGGCAAAAGAGAUCGGUGCAGUGAAAUAUUUAGAAUGUUCAGCCUUAACUCAAAAAGGAUUGAAAACAGUAUUCGACGAAGCGAUCCGUGCAGUAUUAUGCCCUGUUCUACAAGUAAAACCAAAACGCAGGUGUUUCCUUCUAUAAUAUUAAAUGUCCGAUGACGGUGGAGCAAGUAUAAAUGUAUAACCCCUCCUCCGAUCGGACUCGAUUGCAGCAGGACAUCUAAUUUUUGAAUUAAAACAAAAAAAAUACCGCUGUCUGUAUGAUUCAUCUCUCUACAAGCAUCUGCCAUAAAAGCGCACAAAUCAAUUUGUAUAAUGCGUAUAAAAAGGUAAAAGGAAAAAAUAUAUGUGUGUUUUGAACAUUAGCUAAAUGUUCCGAACAGAGAAAUGAAGCCAAAUGAAAACUGAACUGAUAAUGUACAGUAUACUAGAGUGUGUUACUAAUAUUAGUUACUACAUAUGAAUCAUAAGAAAACAAGCAUUAUUAUAUACGUGCGUUCAUGCACACACUAGAUACUAAUCAAUUUAAUCGCAAAGGUAAAUCAUUUUAUUCAAUUUUGCAUUGUAUAUUUUAAAUGUUUAUACAUUUUUUAAAGUUUUGGUAGAAAGAGCGAUCAAUGGAGCAAAAUUAUUCAAUUGAUCUUUCAGAUAAGUUAAUCCUUCUAAUAAUUCUAUUUGGAGUCAAUUAUGUGUAUAUCUAUGUUGUAUGAUAUACAUAAACUGGUGCGAGUGAUUCCUCGUGAAAUAUUUCGUUUACAAAAAGAAUAAUUUUGAAAAUUCGUCGAACUAAGCUCCGACUUUAUACAUUUUAUACACUUUGUACUGAUCACAAGUACAGAAAUUCUUGCAUUGAAAAAAACGUGGCAAAAAUGCUACUGUAAUAUAUCCGAAGGUUAUCAAACGCUCUUAAAAUGUAAUUUCAUGUUUAUUUCCAAAUGUCUAUUCUGGAAUGCAUAGAAUCAAGACUUACGAUUAGUCAAAUGUUAACGAAGCCUGAAACAAUUUUUUAUUACGUUUUUAAUGUGCUUUUUCAUGAGGCACCACACCUACCCGUUAGCACUACUUUCUUUAGAAUAAUCUCUACUAUAUACAUAUAUUUUAUAGUAAAUAUACAGAUGCGAAUCGCGUAAAAUGAAUUCCACCUUUAACUAAAUUGGUUAAUAUUACUAUAUACAUACCAUGAUAUAAGAUACAUAGUCGUCUAAGUUUUAGAGGUGAGCAAUACAAGUGUGAUUCUAAUUCUUUGCCUCUUUGCUGCGUUUUCAUGUCACUGCAGGCCUCUGCUGUAACUGAUACGCACAACACGGCUAAAGAGAUAAAAAUACAAAAAAUUAAUAUCAGAGGGGGGAAAAAGAAAAGAAAAAUUUAGCGUGGAUGAGUGAAUGUUUGAAGGAGUGCAUAUAAAAGCCAAGAGAGAAAGACAGAGAAAAGGAAUUCUUCUAUAGCGAGUAAUUGUACAUAAAUGGUAAAAGUUCAAACUGUAUUCCUAUUACUAUCAUUUUACAUGUAUAAGCUGCUGAAUCUAAAUCGAAUGUUAUUUGUUUUUUAUAUAUAUAUUAUAAAUAUAUAUGUAAAGUGGGGCUGGACCGAGAUCUAUUUCAA